AGUUUAGGAAUUCAUUUGAGUUGCUGUAACAUUUUUGUAGUUUUUUUAAUUUUUGACGCUGAAACACAGUAGCUGCUUAGGUGGAGUUGAGACUAAGCUAUGGACGUGGCCGUGGACGGAUGGGCAGGGGUCCAAGGGGUGGUAGCAAUCAGGCAUAAUGAUUGGGGGUUGGUGUGCUUUGCUUUAGCUGAAUGUUUGCCAUGGCUUAGCGGUUAUCAUAUUUUAAAGUCUGGUUUGGAAGUUUUGAAAUUAUGGCUUUAUGUUCUUCAGGGUUUUUAAGCAUUGAUUUUGUUCUUUUUGUGAAUGUGGGCAAAGCUUGUUUUAAACUCUGUUGCUGCUUUUUAUGUUAGCCAAAGAGCAAGUAGCCAAUUUCUAAUUGCUGUCAAUUUCACUCUUUGCAGUCCAAGUAUAUGCUUCUUGUAUUUAUUCAUAUAUCUUUAUUCAUAGGUGUUUUUUCUAAAGCUUGUCCCUCUUUUAGUCAUGUUCUUUCCAUGCUAUUUCUUGGCAAUUUCUUGGUGAUGUCAUUUUUGUUUAUGCUGUUGUGAAGUUUUGUAGUGCACUAAACUAGCAUUUAUUGUGAAAAGGACCAACUUUAUGGUAUUUGGUGUUAGGCAUUGAAGUUCACGUAGUAUUUGCAGAGAUUGCUCAACCAUUGCGUCACUUGACUCAUCUGCAUUUUUUUGAAGGUCCAAUAAAAUAUCACCCGACUUAUCUGCAUUUUUUUGAAGGUCCAAUAAAAUAAGAUCACAUUUCACUGUUUAGCUUGAGGUUUCACAGAAAUUUUGGGUUAUUACGAUUAUUUGAUGUUUGUUUUGUACUUUGUACAAACUGAUGUGGAAACUAGGUGGAGAGGACAAAGUUACGAGAUAAGCAUUGCUGAUGUGUAUUGUGGGCAUUAUCACUGUUUGUGUUUAUACCAAAUUCACAUUUUUUAUGCAAAAGCACACGACUUCGGAAAAGAUAUUGUUAUUGCCUCUAGUAAUAUCUCUAAUUUUGUCGCUUUAUUUUUUUUAAAAAACAUUCUUAAUCACUCCAUGAACAUGUCUAGACUGGUAUACAAGGCUUUAUUUUGAUUUGGUUUAUAAUUUUAAUAAUUUAUUUCAUGUAGAUUGGUAGCAAUUGUUAGCAUAUGCAUGUGAAUAAGUUUGAUUGACCUAAACAAGCAGAGAAACAUAAAACAUAAAGCUCAAUCUUCACACUUUUAUUUUGUUUUUUUUAUUUUGUUUUGUAUUGUUCUCUUUUUUGGUUUUUUUUUUUUGAAGGUUUCAUUUGUGCAGAAUGACAGCUUUUAAGUAGAAGCUGCUCAAGUUUUAUGCCACUUUAGCUCAUUGCCUAAAUAAAAACAAUUCCUAGAAGAUAAAUGGUCUAGCCACAAAUUGAAGGUUUAUAUUUAGUUCAAUGGAAUGAGAUGGAAUGAUUAUUUUUGGUGAAUAAUAAUUUAGCUACACUUUAUUUUUAUUAUUAUUUUUAAUCAAUCAAACAGUGGAAUGAAGUUCCAAAUGAGAUUAAGGAUAAGUUAUGGGCUUGUGUGAAGCUUAGAUACAAAAUACAUGAUAUCCACAAGACACAUGUGAUGCAAAAGUUCGCAAAAUUGUGGCGCAAUUACAAGUCUGAACUAUCAAGAAAAGUAAGAACUCUCGCUGCAGCAGGUAAAGGUUAUUUAGCACGUAAUAUUGCCCUCACCAAACCUGAUAAGAUUGGAAUGGAUGAAUGGAAGGCAUUUGUGAAAAAUCGACUUUCAAAAAGCUUCAUUGAAAAGAGUGAAAAAUUCAAAGAGAUGAGAGCAAAGCAGAAGGUGUUACACACGAUGAGUAGAAAAGGCUAUGCAUGACUAGAGGAAGACAUGAAAAAUCAAAGCCAAGACCCAGAUUCCAUAUCUAGAGUGGAUGUUUGGAUCAAAGGACAUACAAGGCAGAAGGGGAAACCUAUCAAUGAAGUGCUUCAGGAAGCAGUGAAUAAGGUUCAAGAGCUUCACAAGCCUUCUACAGAAAAAGGGUCAAUGUCUAUCAAAGAUGAUGCAAUUGUUCAAGCGUUUGGUCCAAAAUGACCUGGUAGUGUAAGAGGGCUUGGAUUUGGAGCAUUGCCAUCAAAAGUUGAUGUACAAGCAUACCAAAAUCAAAAUAUGAGACAACUAAAUGAAAAAUUGCUGCUAUCAGAACAAGAAUUCCGGGAGAUGAAACUUGAAAUGUUAAAAGAAAAAGGGCAAAAUGAGGAGCCAAGCAAAGGGGAAAAUGGACACUCACAUGGAGAAACUCAGGGUGGGGAAAACGGUAGAUGUAAACAUAGGGUGCGUGGAGGUGGUGAAUGUAGAAUGCACUCACAACAAAAUAUUUGGGGUGAUGAAAACAAUGAAGACGAUGAAGAUAUUUGGCAGUUGCAAGAUAUCUACAAAAAGCUGAAUCAAGUGGAGACACGGUUGUCAACUUUGGAGAGGCAAGUCGGCGCUAUGAAGCAGAGCGUUGAUUGGCUCACCGAUGAGAAAUUGGUGGCAGAUGAAGCGAACUCUGAUAAGACAAUGGAUGAGGACAGUGAAUCAGACAGUACAGACAACUUUUCAGAAAACGUUGUUGAUGAUGCAUCAAAUAUGUAGAUUUGUUUUUUUUUU